UCACACAGGGAUGGAAAUUUCUUCAACAUUUUAGAUUUAACAAGCAGGCAAAUAUGGAGAAGCCUGUAAAGCAAAGGCUUUUGGAAAUCCUCCAAGAUUUAGGAGAGGUGGAGCUGAAACUUUUCCACUGGUACCUUCAAAAUGCUGAGUUACUAGAUGGAUUUGGAGCCAUCAAAAAGUGCUCUCUGCAGAGAGCAGACAGAGUGGAUACAGUGGAAGUGAUGGUGGAAGAGUAUACCACUGAUCAUGUGAUAGAUGUGACAAACUUAAUUUUAAAGAAGAUGAAGAUUACUGAAGGAAAAACCUCCCACGUGGUGUUGAAAAAGCCAUCAACCAGUGAAACGUUAUCAGUUUCCCACACAGAGGUGCAAAGAACCAAAUUCAAACAGAAAAGAAGCAAGAAAGACUCAAUGCUGAUUGGAUCGGCCCAUUUCCUAAGGAGAAUGAAACAGAAGGGGCUGGCUGACCGUCUACAGAGCAAAACGUCAGCUUCGGUUUGCCAACGGAAACUUAAAUCUGGUCUGAAGAAGAGGUUCCAGUGUGUGUUUGAGGGAAUUGCUAAAGCAGGAAGUCCAACCCUUCUGAACCAGAUCUACACAGAGCUCUACAUCACAGAGGGAGGGACUGGAGAGGUCAAUGAUGAACAUGAGGUCAGACAGAUUGAAACAGCAUCCAGGAAACCACACAGACCAGAAACAACCAUCAGACAAGAAGACAUCUUUAAAGGCCCACCUAGAAGAGAUCAACCAAUCAGAACAGUGAUGACAAAGGGAGUGGCUGGAAUUGGGAAAACAGUCUUAACCCAGAAGUUCACUCUGGACUGGGCUGAAGACAAAGCCCACGAGAACAUUCAGUUCAUAUUUCCAUUCACCUUCAGAGAGCUGAAUGUGCUGAAAGAGAAAAAGUUCAGCUUGGUGGACCUUGUUCAUCACUUCUUUACUGAAACCAAAGAAAUCUGCAGCUUUGAACACUUCCAGGUUCUGUUCAUCUUUGAUGGUCUGGAUGAGAGUCGACUUCCUCUGGACUUCCACAACAAGGAGAUCCUGACUGAUGUUACAGAGUCCACCUCAGUGGAUGUUCUGCUGACAAACCUCAUCAGGGGGAGACUGCUUCCCUCUGCUCUCAUCUGGAUAACCACACGACCUGCAGCAGCCAAUCAGAUCCCUCCUGAGUGUGUUGGCAUGGUGACAGAGGUCAGAGGGUUCACUGACCCACAGAAAGAGGAGUACUUCAGAAAGAGAUUCAGAGAUGAGGAGCAGGCCAGCAAGAUCAUCUCCCACAUGAAGACAUCAAGAAGCCUCCACAUCAUGUGCCACAUCCCAGUCUUCUGCUGGAUUACUGCUACGGUUCUGGAGGAUGUGUUGGAGACCAGAGAGGGAGGAGAGCUGCCCAGCACCUUGACUGAGAUGUUCAUCCACUUCCUGGUGGUUCAGACCAAAGUGAAGAAGGUCAAGUAUGAUGGAGGAUCUGAGACAGAUCCACACUGGAGUCCAGAGAGCAGGAAGAUGAUUGAGUCUCUGGGAAAACUGGCUUUUGAUCAACUGCAGAAAGGAAACCUGAUCUUCUAUGAAUCAGACCUGACAGAGUGUGGCAUCGAUAUCAGAGAAGCCUCAGUGUACUCAGGAGUGUUCACACAGAUCUUUAGAGAGGAGAGAGGGCUGUACCAGGACAAGGUGUUCUGCUUCAUCCAUCUGAGUUUUCAGGAGUUUCUGGCUGCUCUUCAUGUCCAUCGGACCUUCAUCAAGGAUGGAGUUAAUUUGCUACAAAAGUGUGAUACAAGCUCCCCAAAAUCUGAAAUUCAAGCUAAAAAAUUCAAACUUUUCUAUCAAAUUGCUGUGGACAAGGUGUUACAGAGCCCGAAUGGACACCUGGACUUGUUCCUCCGCUUUCUUCUGGGUCUUUCACUGCACACCAAUCAGACUCUCCUGAGAGGCUUUUCAAAGCAAACAGAAAGUGCUUUAGAGACCAAUGAGGGAACAGUUCAAUUUAUCAAGGAGAAGAUCAAUGAGAACCUGUCUGCAGAGAAAAGCAUCAACCUGUUCCACUGUCUGAAUGAACUGAAUGAUCGUUCUCUGGUCCAGGAGAUCCAACAGUCUCUGAGUUCAGGACGUCUCUCCACAGAUAAACUGUCUCCUGCUCAGUGGUCAGCUCUGGUCUUCAUCUUACUGUCAUCAGGAGAAGAUCUGGAUGUGUUUGACCUGAAGAAAUACUCUGCUUCAGAGGAUGCUUUUCUCAGGCUGCUGCCAGUGGUCAAAGCUUCAAAUAAAGUUCUGCUAGAAGGCUGUAACCUUUCAGAGAGAAGCUGUGAAGCUUUCUUUUCAGUUCUCAGCUCACCAUCAUGUCAAGUGAGAGAGCUGGACCUGAGUGAAAACGUCCUCCAGAAUUCUGGAGUGAAGCUUCUGUCCUUUGGGCUUACCAGUCCACACUGUAGAAUGGAAAUCCUCAGACUAAGUAACUGUAACCUCUCAGGAGACAGUUUUAAACCCCUGUCUUCAGUUCUCAUGUCACCAUCAUGUCAAGUGAGAGAGCUGGACCUGAGUAACAAUAAUCUGCAGGAUUCAGGACUCAAGCUAGUGGUUCCUGCACUGAGGAGUCUGCACUGCAAGCUGGAAAAUCUUAGACUCAGAUACUGUAAUCUCUCAGAAGAAAGUUGUGAAGUUCUGGCUUCAGUUCUCAGCCUCCAGACGUCCAGUCUGAGAGAGAUGGACCUGAGAAACAAUGACAUGCAGGACUCAGGGUGGAAGCUGGCAUCUGCUGCCCUGGAAAGCCCAGACUGUACGCUAGAAAUGUUCAGGGAGCCUGCUGGAGUCCGAUGGUUGAAACCAGGUCUGAGGAAGUAUUCCUGUCAGCUCACAAUCGACACAAACACAGUGAACACAUUCCUUAAACUAACUGACAACCAAAGGAAGGUCAUCAUUGCACCACAAGAAAUGUUAUAUCCUGAUCAUCCAGACAGGUUUAUUCUUCCACAGCUGCUGUGCAGAGAAGGCCUGACUGGCCGCUGUUACUGGGAGGUUGAGUGGACUGGAGGUGUUCACAUAGCAGUGAGUUACAAAGGAAUUAAAAGGACAGACGACAUAGGUCUCUGUUGGUUUGGAUGGAAUGCUCAGUCCUGGAGCCUGAAGUGCUCUGAUGGUGGCUAUUCAGUCUGGGAUGAUUUCAGAGAAACAGCCAUUCCCUCCUCCCCCGUCUCCAACAGAGUAGCAGUGUACAUGGACUGGCCUGCUGGCACUCUUUCAUUCUACGAAGUCUUCAGUAACACUCUGAUCCAAAUCCACACCAUCAACACCACCUUCACUGAACCUCUCUACCCUGGAUUUAUGUUGCAGCCAGUUUCCUCAGUGAGUUUGUGUUUAAUUUAAAAUGAACAGAUAGUUUAAUCUUUAUUUAUAUCUUCAGCAUUUGACUCUUAGAAUGUGUUACUGUUUUAAUGUCCUCAGGUCAGUUUAUUUAUAUAGCGUCAAUUCACAACUCAUGUCAUCUCAAGGCACUAAACAAUUUAGUUCAAUCAUACACACUGAUUCCAAGUCAAGUACAUCAAUUCCAAUUGAUCCAAAUAAUGCAGUGCAAUUCAGUUUAUUAUUCAAAUUGGUUAAAAAGAUUUUUGCCUAAGAAACCCAGUAAAUUUCACUGAGUCAGCGACUUGCAGCACUGACUCCUCCUGGAUGAGCAUGUAUCGAUGGUGGAAAGUCGAUUACAUUGUGUUGUUGACUUUGCAGCAAUCACUCAUACUGAGCAGGAAUGUAACAGUGGAGACGAAAAGUCCACUUUAACAGGAAAAAACCUCCAGCAUAUUCAGAUGUUGUUUCUUUGUGAAAAAAAGUAAACAGUUAAUGGCAAUAGGUGCUUGAUAGUAGAAAAAUGUAAAUAGGAUAUCUUGUUUAGUAUCACUUAGAGUCAGGUCAGCUCUUUCAGAACUGGGCUACCUCUGGACAUCUUCGAGAUAUCAUCUGUUCUUCCUAAGUGUGCUCUGUCCGCUUGUUGUCCAUAGAAUGUUCAGUUCAGACCUGAUCUACUCUUGCCAGGUCAGCAUGCAACACUUAGAGGUGCCUGAAAUGCAGGACCUUCCCCUGAUAUGCAGGCUUUGUUGUCCCAAGAGGAGAUACCUCUCUUCUCUCCAGGGCUUCACAUCAUGCUGAUCCCCUUUAGAAAUCUGAUGCUCAAAGAUUGUUUUAUUUUCUUGUUUCCUGUGUUGUGAAUUACAUUUUCAGCUGUGCGAGAACUAUAAAAGCAUUGUAACUCAUAGUCUUGGGCAGAGAGGGCAGAUCAAGACACUUGUUUGUAUUCUGUCCAUUCUCAAUUCUUGCAAAAAUUUAUUAAAGUGCCACUUGAUUGAUUUUCACCGA